AUGUGCAGUAUGGAGGGGUUUAUCGGCUCGAUCAAUGCGACCAACAGAAAGCUCGAGGAACAUGCCGCGGUGGGCCAUGGAUUCGAGUCGAUUGCUGAGUUAUGGGGCAAACUCUCCGAGAUUAUGACGCAAGCGGGAGUGCCUGCGCCGACCAAGUUUGACGAGGAGGAGCAGCGUGUGCACGAAGAGUAG